UAACCCCCUGCGAAGAAGCAUAAAAAUGGAUAAAAAUUUCUUCACUGUAGAGCGACUGAGGGUUUUUGCAGAAAGACUGGUUAUCCAGAAGCUGUAACUAUCGGGCAUAAAGCACUUGUGAAUUCAAAAUACAAGUCAAUGAAAAAUAAACUUUCCUGAUGUGACCCCGCCACCUGUGAGACCUGACAUGAUCGCACCAUCCUGGGCUUAGAGCAGGUCCUUGGAAUAACCAGCUGUUUAAGCUUUAAUGGCCUGGGCAUCUUAUUUCUGACACAGAGAGGACCUUAUUUGCUCAGAGAAGUGUUCUUCUGGAAACCAACUGUGAUCCUUGUUUCCUAUCAAUCCAUCUCUACCUCAUUAGUGAGUUUAAAACAAAAACAAAACCAAAUAAGUGAGCUUUCACCUCCAGACAGAAAAAAAAUUGCUUCUAUAGAGAUUUUCCCUGACAACAGCAAUUAGCUGCCUUGUUGCACCCCUCCAACAACUUGUUUGCCAAAUACCAAGUCUCUGGUAAGGAGAUCCUCCUACCCUGAUGAUUACAUUACAAGUGUCAAAGUAAAACCAAAAUGAAAUUUGGCACAGACUGUCAAAUUGUCAAAGCAAUUUAAAGCAGUAUUUCCCAUGGUUUCAGUGUCCCCUUCAAAGAGAUGCAACUAGCUGGGUUUCUAACAGCACAAGAAUUGGUAAAUAACAAUAAUAUGAAUAGCAAAGGAUUUGGAAAAAAAAAUGGAUGCUCAGAUCCCUUUCAGUUGCAGUGGAAUUUGUGCUAGGAACUUGUUUUUUUGACAAUCGUGGUCUCAAGACUCGAUGCACACAGCAGCUGGCUCUAUAGUCGUCGUCCACGUUUUGUGGGGUCACAGUUCUCAUGUCCACACUUGUUCCCCACACGUGAGCUUUGCCAUAAGAACUCCUCUGUUAAGCUUUUAAUCCCUUCCACUUGAUUUUUCCCUUUUUGUUUUCUUCCAGUUUGCCACUCUGGAUAUGGCCACGGUUCUCUCUCGGUUUCCCCCGUCUUGGGGCCGCCACCCCGAGCACAGUGCCGGAGCCCCCAGCCGGGUCCUGCCGCCCCGGCAGCGGCGAGACAACCACACAGCCGCUCCACGGGUACGGGGCCCGAAGUGAUCGAGCCCCUUCUCCUCCGUGCGGAGGACCCGGGCACGGCAGCCCGGUGCUGCACGCCGGGACGGUACCGACAGACGCCGCGCGCCCCGCCUCAGCGGCCCGGCCGGUAGCUGCCGUACAACAUGGCGGCGCCCACCGUCCGCUCGCACGGCUGGGGAAGAGGAAGCGUCCGCCACUCUAAGCCUCCCGGUGUCCGUGACGACUACCCCGCAGGGGGGUUCCUGCAGCUGGAGACAAGGGUUUCGCGGAGACGCAGAGUUUGUGGAAGCAUCUAGUUGCAGCAGUAUAAAUCAGUGGAUUGCCUUUAAGUUUUCUGAUGGUGUGAUGAACAGUGGCAUUCAGUCUCCUGUUACUGCCCCAUCCACCGCUGCAGCAGUCUGCUGAACCCCAGCCUUUCAAAGUGACACUCGGUCCUUCUUCCAUCAGGAUUGCCAUGAUAAAAUCUUACAAUGCCAUUUUGAGUGGAUGAAGUGAAGGGAGGAAAAGUGGGAUAAAAAAAAUGCCCAAGCAAACAGCAGUGACAAUUACUUUGGCAACCCUGCUUGGUGUUGCAUUGGGAGGCCUGGUUUUGUGGAAAGCAACCCAGCGUCGGAAAGGAAAAUCAUGCUCUAGUAGUCAGCGAGAGGAAGCAGCUAUAAACUCAGGAGAAGAGAAAUUGAUUAAGACAGAAGAUAAGGAGGUGCUUCCCUUCUUCAGAUCUCCCACCUUUUCCUGGGUAGCGAGGACCCUUGGUGCAGACAUAGCAAUAGUUUCAGAGCAGGAGGAGUGGGAUCGUGUUGAACCUUUGCUGAAGAAGGAGCUGGAGCAGUGGCCGGUGCUUGGAAUUGAUUGUGAGUGGGUAUCUGUGGAGGGAAAAGCAAAUCCUGUAUCUCUUCUACAGAUGGCUUCUUUCAGUGGCUUCUGCGUUCUUGUUCGGUUGUCUAGGCUUGUUGCCAGUGGACAGACUAUCCCAAAGAGCCUGUUGGACAUCAUGGCAGAUAGUGCCGUGUUGAAAGUUGGGGUAGGAUGCUGGGAAGAUGCUUGCAAGUUACUUCAUGAUUAUGGUCUUCCAGUCAAAGGGAGCGUGGAUCUUCGGUAUUUAGCCAUGAGACAGCGGAAGGAUCUACUUCACAGCUGCCUUAGCCUGAAGUCUUUAGCUGAAAAAGUCCUGAACUGCCCGCUUGACAAGUCUCCUCAUGUGCGUUGCAGCAAUUGGGAGGCAGAAGAACUGACACCAGAUCAGGUUCUCUAUGCUGCCAGGGAUGCCCAGGUCUCAGUGGCUCUGUUCCUUCAGUUGCUGGGAUUUGCCAGCCUCCCUGCUACAUCUGAAAUUGAAAACUCUGCCACUUUGUGGGAGAAAGCACUGGGUAAAUGCCGGGGCUUGGUGGAUAUCCCAUUUAGAGGAAGGAAGAGUGGCAGCACCGGAGAGAAGAGCGGAGAGGGACGCUCCCCUCACAAAACAAAGAAUCGGAAAUCUGUGAGCGGCCAGCCCUCUGGCAGUCAGCAAGUGAGAGAUCCCCGGAGGCAGAAGCGAAAGCCUCUGGGCGUGGGAUAUUCUGCACGAAAAUCUCCACUGUAUGACAACUGCUUCCUGCAUGCACCAGAUGGACAGCCUCUGUGCACUUGUGAUCGGAAGAAGGCUCAGUGGUAUGUUGACAAGGGGAUUGGAGAGCUAAUUAGCACAGACCCAUUUGUUGUGAAGCUGCGGUUUGAGCCUUCAGGACGUCCCGAGUCUCAGGUUGAUUAUUAUCUGACAGUCAAAGAGAACUUGUGUGUUGUAUGUGGCAAGCGAGAAUCCUAUAUCCGGAAGAACAUUGUUCCUCAUGAAUACCGAAGACACUUCCCCAUCCAGAUGAAGGACCACAACUCUCAUGAUGUGCUGCUACUCUGCACAUCCUGCCAUGCCAUCUCUAAUUACUAUGACAACCAUCUCAAGCAGCAGCUGGCUGAGGAGUUUGGCGCUCCCAUCGGCUCCGAGGAGGGCGUGCGCCUGCUGGAGGACCCUCUGCGCAGGCAAGUGCGCUCGGGGGCCCGAGCCCUGCUGAAUGCAGACAGCCUGCCUGACCCCCGAAGGGCAGAGCUUCUGCAAAGCAUCAAGGACUUCUUUAAGACAGAGGCAGUCACCCCAGAGAUGCUCCAGGAAGCAGCUGGUCUGGAAACCAGGAUCUGCAAUGAGAGCUACAUGCCACAUGGACUGAAGGUGGUGCAGUGUUUUGCUAAAGGAGGCCUGCGCUCACUUAUGCAGUUGGAGAGACGCUGGCGGCAGCAUUUCUUGGACAGCAUGCAGCCCAAGCACCUCCCAGAGCAAUGGUCAGUGGACCAUAACCACAUGAAGCUGAUCCGAAAGUAUGGGGAAGAUCUUCAGAUUGAGCUGUCAUGAAACCAACUUCUUGGACUCUAGAUCAUAGAAUCGUAGAAUUGUUUUGAUUGGAAAAGACCUUUAACAAAAUUAUGUCCAACCAUUAACCUAACACUGUCAAGUCCACCUCUAAACCAUGUCCCUAAGAACCUCAUCUGCGUAUUUUUUAAACACCUCCAGGGAUGGUGACUCGACAACUUUCCUGGGCAGCCUGUUGCAAUGCCUGACAAGCCUUUUCUUGAAGAAAUUUUUCCGAAUAUCCAGUGUAAACUUCCCUGGUGCAAUUUGAGGUCAUCUCAUCUCAUCCUGUUGCUUGCUACUUGGGAGAAGGGACCAACACCCUCCAUGCUACAACCUCCUUUCAGGUAGUUGUAGACAGUGAUAAGGUCUCCCCUCAGCCUCCUUUUCUCCAGGCUAAACAAACAGUUUCCUCAGCUGCUCCACACAAGACUUGUUCUCUAGACCCUUUACCAGCCUUGUCACCCUUCUCUGAACUCGCUCCAGCACUUCAGUGUCUUUCGUGUAGUGAGGGGCCCAAAACUGAACACGAUAUUCAAGGUGGGGCCUCACCAGUGUUGAGUUCAGUGGCGCAAUCACUUCCUUAGUUCUGCUGGCCACACUAUUCCUGAUACAAGCCAGGAUGCUGUUGGCCUUUUUGGCCACCUGGGCACACUGCUGGCCCAUGUUCAGCCAGCUGUCAACUAACACCCCCAGAUCCUUUUCUGCCAGGCAGCUUUCCAGCCACUCUUCCCUGAGCCUGUAGUGUUGCCUGGGGUUGUUGUGACCCAAGUGCAGGACCCGGUACUUGGCUUUGUUGAACCUCAUACAAUCGGCCUCAGCCCAACGAUCCAGCCAGUCCAGAUCCCUCCGUAUGGCCUUCCUACCCAUCAGCAGAUCAAUACUCCCACCCAACAUGGUGUUGCCUGCAAACUUACUGAGGAUGCACUCAAUCCCCUCAUCCAGAUCACUGACAGAGAUAUUAAACAGAUCUGGCCCCCACACUGAGUCCUGGGGAACACCACUGGUGACUGGCCGCCAACUGGAUUUGGCUCUGUUCACCACAACUCCUUGUGCCUGGCCAUCCAGCCAGUUCUUUAUCCAUUGCAGAGUACGCCCAUCCAGCCAUGAGCUGCCAGGUUCUCCAGGAGAAUGCUGUGGGAUACAUUGUCAAAGGCUUUACUAAAGUGUAAGUAGACAACAUCCACAGCCUUUCCCUCAUCCACUGGGCAGGUCACCCCAUCAGAGAAGGAGAUCAGGUUGGUCAAGCAGGAACUGCAUUUCAUAAACCCGUGCUGAGUGCACCUGAUCGCUUUGUUGUCCUGUAUGUGCUGUGAUGGCACUCAGGAUGAUCUGUUCCAUGACAUUCCGCAGCACUGAGGUCAGACUGACAGGCCUGUAAUUCCGCACAUCCUCCUUUUGGCCCUUUUGUAGGUGUCAUCAUGUUUACCAACUUCCAGUCAACUGGGACCUUCCCAGUUUGCCAAGACUGCUCAUAAAUAUUUGAAAGUGGCUUGGUGAUCACCUCCACCAGCUCCCUCUGCACCCUUGGUUGUAUCCCAUCUGGUCCCAUAGACCUGUGUGUGUCUAAGUGGUGUAGCAGGUCGUCAACGAUUUUCCCUUGGAUUAUUGGGGCUUCAUUCUGCUUCCCAUCCCUGGCUUCUGGCUCAGGGACUGGGUACCUGGAGAGCAGCUGGUCUUGCUAUUAAAGACUGAGGCAGAGAAGGCAUUUAGUACCUCAGCCUUUCCCUCAUCCUGUGGUGAGGACAGUGUGUAGUGGACAAAUGUAACUGAAGAUGGAAGGACUUUUCAAUUCUGUUUCUCCACUAACAUCUGCGCCCGGGUUUGCAAACAGGGAGCAAUGGAUUUGCCAGAUUUGAUAUUUCGUUGAGUUAUAUCUGUGGACUUGAAUUUUCAGGUGGUUUGGAAUUUUUAAUCCUAGUCUGUCACUGAAUAGUUCAAUGCAAGUGACAUGCUAAGGGAACUUGUCUCCUCAAAGUGACAAUGGAGAGUUAUUUUCGACCCGCUGGGAUGGCUGAUGCCUCCAGACCAUCUCCCUUAUCACAAAGCACAAUAUAUGCACAGUACCAGGUUUUCUAACAGAUACAUGUGCACCCUUAGCUGCACCUUGAGAGUCUCCUAAUAAAAGUCUUUGCUCUCAGUGCAGUUGUACUCAUAUGAGUUCUUCUCAGAGAAGACUCCCUGCCAGAGAGAAAUUCCUUGUUUGGAAGUGGCAAAGAAACCUUACUUUUUUUUUUUUUUUCCCCUCAGAUUCGGAGCUGUAUCAGCAUUGCGUAUAGGCCUCAGUGAGUUUCCUGGUGGCAGAUGCCUGAUGAGAAGCAACACUCUGUGACUCUGACAGUAUGGAAGCUCCCAUGUCAGGUCUUUCCUUAUACAGUUUCCAGCAACACACAGUCUAUAAAAACUGUUAUUUCCUGCUUCCACGUGUUUAUCCUGAAUAGCUCUUGUUGGGUACCUUUUUAUAUCCAACUCGAAUGGGGUCAGGCAUCUUAAAAGGGGUGAGAGGAAACAAAUUUUAUUUAAAGACUACCAUCUUUUAAGGUGUCAGACCAUGUGUGGCAGAAGACUGGAAAAUCUGGUGUUCUGUUCCUGGAUUUGACGUGUGGUGGUGAGCAGGUCAUACUCUCUCCAUACCUGUCUCCCUGUCUCUAAAACGGGACUAAUAAUACUUGCCUAUCUCACAAGGGUGUUGUGAGGCAUAAUUCAUUCAUGUGGUUUUUUUCUAAAUGCUUUGAAAAUAUAAGCUAGUGUGUGCAAAUUAUUACUGUUGUUUUUUUAAAAUGUGCUGCUGUCUGACUUUGUUAAAUAUUCAUGUUUUUUGCCUGGUGCUAGACUUUAGUUAAAUAUAACUUUUUAAAAAUACAUAA